ACGUCCAUCCGAAAAAGUCUCUGUUUGCUGAGAGUAGAACCAAGAAAAAGACAGGAUGGGCACUGAUAGAAAAGUUAUUAAAUGUAAAGCAGCUGUGCUCUGGGAACAGAAGCAACUCUUUUCCAUUGAAGAAAUAGAAGUUGCCCCACCAAAGGCUAAAGAAGUUCGUGUUAAGAUUUUGGCCACAGGAAUCUGUCGGACAGAUGACCACGUGAUAAAAGGAGAAAUGGUGUCUAAGUUUCCAGUGAUUGUGGGACAUGAAGCCACAGGGGUCGUGGAGAGCAUUGGAGACGGAGUCACUACGGUGAAACCAGGUGACAAAGUCAUCCCCCUCUUUCUGCCUCAGUGCAGAGAAUGCAAUUUUUGUCGCAACCCAGAUGGCAACCUUUGUGUAAGGAGCGACAUUACUGGGCGUGGAGUCCUGGCUGAUGGAACCACCAGAUUCACGUGCAAAGGCCAACCAGUCUAUCACUUCAUGAACACCAGUACAUAUACGGAGUACACAGUGGUGGAUGAGACUUCAGUUGCUAAGAUCGAUGAUGCAGCUCCUCCAGAGAAAGUCUGCUUAAUUGGAUGUGGAUUUUCCACUGGAUAUGGGGCCGCUGUCAAAACAGGCAAGGUCACCCCUGGUUCGACUUGCGUGGUCUUUGGCCUGGGAGGAGUUGGCCUUUCGGUUAUCAUGGGCUGUAAGUCGGCUGGUGCAUCCAGGAUCACUGGGAUUGACCUCAACAAAGACAAAUUUGAGAAAGCCAUGGCUGUAGGGGCCACUGAGUGCAUCAGCCCUAGGGACUCCCCCAAGCCCAUCAGUGAGGUGCUGUCAGAAAUGACAGGAGACACUGUUGGCUACAGUUUUGAAGUUAUUGGGCGUCUUGAAACUAUGAUUGAUGCCCUUGCAUCCUGCAAUAUGAACUAUGGGGUCAGCGUGGUGGUAGGAGCUCCGCCAUCAGCCAAAAUGCUCACCUAUGACCCAAUGCUGCUCUUCACUGGACGCACGUGGAAGGGUUGUGUUUUUGGAGGUUGGAAAAGCAGAGAUGAUGUUCCAAAACUAGUAACAGAUUUCCUGGCAAAGAAAUUUGACCUGGACCAGUUGAUAACCCACAUUUUACCUUUUAAACAAAUCAAUGAAGGAUUCGAACUUCUCUACUCAGGGCAAAGCAUUCGCACUGUCCUGACAUUUUAAGGUUCUAAGUGGCAGAAGGUCUGUGCUGUGUGAUGGUGACCUGGAGAUUCCCUGUUCACACUUCCUCUGCUGUUACCGUGGAUCUGUUCCACAGAUACAAGAAGAAAUACAAGAUUUGAUGAAGAUGUAUAAUCUUUAUGAAAUGAGUAUUUAGGGUCUUAUGAGCACCUGGGAAUUAGGAGGGGGCUUAGGUCAACAAUAUUAAAAGUUGUAACUUAACAUAUUCUAAAGCUAUUAUUAUGUAUUUUGAGACACACACACACACAAACGCACACAUAUGUAGAUUUUUACGUUGAAAUAGAGAUUUCUUUA